UACAGGACACGUCACUCCGGCUCUUACUUUCGAUUUCCAAGCCGUCGUCGGGACUGGAGCUGCAGUUUGUGUUCUGGGUUCAGUCUCUUUUAUCACAGUACAAUUCGAAACAAAAGUAAUAAAUCAAUAAGUAGCACCCUGACGUUCACAGUUUGGCUCUAGUGGGUGCUUUGGACGGACUUAUUUGUUUUUCACACUUAGCUGAGUUUCGUCGGUGAGGACAUGGCUGACAUCCUCGACCAGGAAAAGAUGGUGGGAGAUCUGAAGGAGGACAGUCCGCUGGAGGAGGCCCAGGAAGAGCUGCAGACAUGGAAGAAUAAGAUAGAGAAAGCUGAUGAUAUGAAAGCCAGGCUGAUAUUGGAAAAACUGGAGGAAGAUGAGGUCAAGACAAAGGCCAAGCAGGAGAUGAUGGCUUGUGUGGAAAAGCAAGGGGAAUGUCAGAAGGCUUUCACUCAAAGCAUGAGCAGAAUGCAGGAUGAAAUUGUAAAGCUUGCUGAGCGCAAACAAGUUUUACUGGAGAAACUGAAGAGAGUUCAAGCUGAAUUGGAGGGUAAGAGGGCUGAGUGCAGCACGCUGAAGCAGAAAUUCAAGAUCUAUGCUCAGAUUCCAGACACAGAGGUAAAGUUCAUAGCCCGCAAUAAAGAGGUGAGAGACGGGACAGAUGGCGGCACUCAGCCAGUCAGAGGAGUGUUUACCAUCAGCCAGAGAGCCGCUGUGCUUCUGCGGGGAGGACAGGCACUCAUCACCUUUGAAGAGGAGAACGUUGCCUCUCAGAUUCUGAAGAUUGCCAAGUGCUCUGUGUCCUGUGAGACUGCCAUUUUAGAUGUGAAACCAAGAAGAAUCACCAUGGAUCCUGCUGUGAAGUUUGAGGUUCACCUUGAUGUUUCCAGAAAAGAGCUGAAAGUUUCCAAUAUCCCACCUUCCCUGCCAGAUGAGAGAAUGACGGACCGUCUUGAGAUUAGUUUCUCCAGGCCCAGCAGAGGAGGCGGAGAGGUGGAGAGAGUGGAAUAUGAUAAAAACUCUGGAACAGGACACAUUACAUUUCUCCACCCUGGAGUUGUGCAGAGCCUGGCCCUAAGAGGAAGGUACCUUGUCGACCUCGACACUGAAGUGAAUGUUCAGGUUGGACCUGUAUACAAGUACCAGCUGCGCAAGUUUCAGACCUUUUGUGGCUGUCCCAAGCGAACCAUCCUGCUAGAUGACAUUGAGGACAUGGUGGAUGAGGAGGACCUGCAGGACCACCUGGAGAUCCAUUUUCAAAAGCCCAGCAACAGUGGCGGUGAAAUAGAGACCCUCAAGUACAUCCACAGGGGGAAGGCUCUGCAAGCCUUUUUUUGUGAGGACACAGCAGAAAUAGACAGCUGACUUUAACCAGCUGGAGUACCAAGCUCAUACAUGUGAGAAAAGUAAGACGAGCUCUACCCUAUCCCACUAUGCUUGUUAGAAAUAGGAAAACGUCUUAUCAUUUUUCGGGUUAUUUCAAAGAAUCAUGUAUGUGUUUUGUCAUGGCCAAAUUGAAGUGAAAUUUAUUUUAGAAAAUUCUUUUUUUUGUCUUGCUGAGAGCCAGUUGAAGUAUAUUUUUCUGUGUGUUCUGCUGAGGAUAUGAAUGUGAUUUCUUUGUUUUCAAAUUAGAUAGUGAGGGGCAUUUGGAUGGUGUUAAGCGGUAAAUUAAAGGCCUUCUGUUUAGCACUUAAUAACUAGUCUGUAUUUCACACAACUAAUCCUGAAACAUACAGUGUGUAUAUGUAUACAACUGUGCAUAUACUCUCAACACCUGGAAAAUAAUGUCACAUGUAGAUCCCUGGUCCUUUGUUAAAGCAUAGUUUGAGAAACUCACAUUUGAACCAUAUAGUCACCCUUUUUAUUCAGAUGACAUAAAAUGAUUCAAGUGACCUAAUUACUCUCACUUCAAAAGCUGAUGGCUACUUAUUUGCAAUUUCCUUAUGGAUAAGAUUUAAAUGUCCACAGAUCAGUAUAGAGUAAACACUGCUGUCUCAUCUGUACAGCCUCUAGCCCAGUGUUAAAUUCUGCCUAACAAUAUUCUGGGUCAAUAAUAGACCAUUUGAACUUUAACUGUUGGAAAAUCUUUUCUCUUCUAUACUUGCCUUCAUUAAAAAGAUCUGAAAGCUGAAUCAA